CUUAUCGAUAACACCAAAAGUGCAUUGCCGUGUUUGUCUGAAUAUUGUGGAGUUUCAUUUGUUUUUGUUGAAAUCAAAAGCAAAAUGGCUUUGGCCAACGUGCUGCAGCUAAGCCAGAUAGCUGGCCAUGUCAUCCUGUUUAUCCUGUCGCUGUGCAUCGUCGUGCCAUUGUUUAUAAACCUCGACCAAUUCUGUGGCCACUGCCUGCUCUUUACAACUGGCAAAUGGCGGGAGGAGGACGGCAUGUUCGAUGUCCAGUGGGCUUCCAAUGGCUUCUGCAACUUUCCCCUGAUUACCGGGUUCUUCCUGCUAAUUAUUUCGGUGGUGCAGAUUUAUAGAUACGCCCGCAUGAAGGAGGAGGCCUCGUUUAUAGCUCUGUUCAUUGACGUCGUUCUGGGCAUUUGGAUGCUGGCUAUGUCCAUUUUGUCGGCUAUUUUCAUUACCCUGGGCUUUAUUGUCUGGUGCGAUUCCAUGACCGAGAGAUUCCCAUCCUGUGCCAUUUCCGCCGGUCAGAACAUUAUCCACGGCGACACGGAAAAAAUUAACACCUCCGGAUUUUACAUUGAAAUGGGAACCACUCAGUUUGGCGCAUGGGGUUCAUUCGCAAUUUCCGUUGGCAUCGCCGUCAUCGCCCUUCUGAAACUGAUCGACAACCACCAGGUGCGCAACAUCAAGGUUUCCAUGUACUUGGAGCGACAGCGGUUGGUGAAUCAGCAGCAGUACGACGGCAGGUCGACCCCGCCGAUCGUUUCGAACGCAUCCUCCGACACGGAACAGAACAAAUAGUUGACGUUUGUGAUCAAUCAGCAGCAGUUUGUAAUUCUCUACGUAUUUCUCAUCAUGUGCGUUAUAAUCAUUGUAUGUCAUUUCGUCCUCGUCCUUAUCAUUGAGGCAGACAACCGGCAACACACAUUAUCUUUGUAGUGAAGGAAACUAGAGAUAUUAGCCCUAUGUAUUAAGCCAACAUACGUGAUAUGUAAUGUAUAUAUAUAUAUAUGUAUUUAAUUAAUUAUUCCAUGUUACAAAUAUAGUAAAACCAAAUUAUU